ACCGGCUCCCCCAAGUCCCCACAUUCCCUGGGUAGACACAUAAGUAACUUUCACUUUAGAAGGCCGAAAGACAAUGUCAUAUAAAAGAUUCUAUUUGCGUUUGGAACUCCAAUUGCAUGCGUUAACCUGCCCGGGAGUUUGGCUCUGUUCGCACGGCUACUUGGAGGCAACCAUUAAGACAUUGGGCUACUAUUUUCGUACUGGUGCCAUGGAGCCUCGUUUUCCGAUGCUUUGCCAUGAUCAAUUCACCAUGGAGGGCUACUUUAAGGGUGUCAGUUCGAUGGCGGAUAUGCAGGAACUCCUACGCUCUGAGAGACUGGAGAUAACUCUAUGGCAAAAUGGACGUAGAUUGGCCUAUUUCGUUGGGUGUUUGUCGGAUGUGAUGCAUCCAACGUUUCCGCGACUAACUUGCGAGCAUAGCGCAAAUGUUCAGCUACUGAUGAAGGCGACACCAGCAUUUCCUGGGAUCUUGGCACCGAAAGUAGAGCUCUCCGCCCAGAUGAGUAGUCAGAAAGGCACUUGUCCCUCCUGCAGCCCAAUGCGGGAGAGAAUUGAGAUUGAGCGACUGGCACCCAAUCGUCAUGUGGAGAGCCAAUGUUUGAGCCAAUUGGAGUUGCCGGCAAGAAAGCAACAAACUGUCUGUCAUGCCAAGAGAUCAAAUUGUUCCCUAGGAUACAGUUACUCGCCGCUGAGGACGACACGGAAGAGUUGUAGCAACAGUCAGAGUGAGGCAGUAACUACUACCAGCAAGCGAAGGCUUUCGACUUGCUCCGCCAGCACACAAUUGAGUAGUCUAAGUGGAAUAUCCUCCACGACCUGCUCCUCCUCCCCUUCAACGAACUGCACCCAUGCAUCAUUCUCGUUGUGGGAGGCAGACGAUCAUCAAAGUAACUGUGACAUAUGCCAGGCUUAUAGACGCAUGUUUUUACAUUAAAAGAUGCUACC